AUGAUAUAUUUACCUGGAACCAAAGCAAACAAGUUGUUGCUUUCCGGUCAAUUGACGAGCAUUUCAAUUUACGAUUACCACAUUGCAGUUGACGCUAUUCAAGGUAUUAUUGAACAGGGUGAAGGCAGCGAUCCCUGUAAUACAUUAACCUGUAAUAAGAAUGAAAAGAAGGAUCUUUCACAUUACUUCUUGUUUAAAUCAGUCGUGGAGGGGCGAGGCAUUCAAGUGGUGAAGGAAAGUACUGGUACCACCAUUAACAUUGCUAAUGCCUCUCAUCGAACUGACAAACCUAAGGUAAGUCAUCGCCACCAAAAAACAAACAGAGCAAUGGGGAAGGGAGGAAGGUGAUGAAUUAGCCAAACUUAAUAUGUGUUUUACCUUAUACAGCCUUGUAAUGGUACUUGCUACUUCAAUGGCUCUGAGAUAAGCUUUGAUCCAGAAGGUAUCUGGCCAAUGAUUCCCAACCGUAGGUUGUCAGAUUAUACUCCUGGGUCAAAAGCAUACAGACAAGAAGUGCUAUUCAACAAAGCGUACACAAAGCUUCUCAAAUCACUGGAACACGCCUUUAAUGGUCACCCAGAGUCACUAGAAGAUGCUAUUGGCCUCAUGUACGGAGUUGAACUUCACUUGAAAACUCUGCUGCGCACGCCUGUUGACGACAACGGUGAUCCUGACAUCGGACCCAACGCGUCUCCAACUUUUGAAUUUACACCGUGA